AUGUCAUUUCUUAUGAAGCUUGUUUUUGGUGGAUACAACACUAGUGAAGAUCCAACAGGUGUCACAGAAGCACCUAGUGCUGAUCAAGGGUCUAAGAACAACGAUGGCCCCGUAGUGGAAGGUAAAUUUUACCCAAGAACACUUUACAAAUAUAAUGGUCAUGAUCAUGAGAGUAUUUUGAUAGCUGUCAAGGGUAAAGUGUUUGAUUGCUCACAAAGCAGACAAUUCUAUGGACCCAGUGGACCAUACACAAGUUUUGCAGGACAUGAUGCGUCAAGGGGACUGGCACUCAAUUCAUUUGAUAUGGAAACUGUAAGAGGCUGGGAUCAACCUAUAGAUACUUUAGAGGAUUUGACGCCACAAGAACAAGAAUCCCUAGAUAGCUGGUACGAAUUCUUUGAGAGCAAGUAUCCAUGCCUCGGGACUUUAGAACCAGAACCUGGUGUCAAUGUAUGA